UGUUGAAGGUAAGCUCGCCACUGUCACUGCACUUCCUUUGCCAAGCAGUCGCUUUCACUUCUGCACAACCCGAUCAUCAUCCAACUCUUCCAGGCUCUUCUGCUGAUCACACUGUGUAAUCUAUUUUCUCAACUUGUCCUCUAGAAGCCUUUGUUUGACAGCCAAACACUCAGCCAGCCCUUCUCCUUCACUCACUCUCCUCCUCUCUGCCUCACCACUUUCAUAGUGCAUCUUCUCUCUCAUUUGCAUUUGUUCCGCUUCCUCAACAAGAAGCAGUUGACAUGAAAGAGCUGUGAGAGAGGAACAGAUUGCCUGAGCAGGUACACUGAGGAUGGGGCUGUUCAGUGUGCAGCACUCUCUAAGUCAGACGUCUGUUGCUGAUUGAACAGUAUUAAGGUAAUUGCAGACUUGGAUCUGGUACAUCACGACAGCAGCAGGGUUACCAUGGAGACUGGCAAGCCAGGAUUGCAGAGUGCUUCAGUGCGCAUCAGCACAGUCGCAGAGCAGAGAGAGCGAAGGAUGGACCUCCAUGCUCCACUGACGGCGGUUUAUAUCCAAGCAGUGCCUCCUGCAGCUCCCCGAGAGCCAGCCACACUGCAUGUGGCCAUGCCGCCGCUUUACUCCAAGGAGACACUUCCCUUUCUCACACUCCAUAUUAAUGGAGGACUGCAGUGUCAGCCGGGAUUGAGUCUGCUCGCGGCUGCUCCUGCAGCCAGACCCAAGUCCACAGGAAAACAUGUAUGUUCUCACUGUGGACGGGACUGUAUGAAGCCCAGUGUGCUGGAGAAGCAUCUCCGCUGCCACACCGGGGAGCGGCCGUAUCCCUGCACCACCUGCGGAGUCUCUUUCAAAACUCAGAGCAACCUCUACAAACACAAGCGUACGCAGGCUCAUGCUCGCCUCUGGUCUGAGUCAGAGCACAGCAGCAUGAGCAGUCUGGACAGCAUGUCCGGCUCCAGAGAGACCUGUACCUCCAGCCCGUCUCUGGACGAGCGGAGCAGGGAGUCCAGCAGCAUGGAACAGGAUGCCACACCUGCUGACACCAACAGCCCGGCCAGUACUGCAAAGGUCUUCUCUGUACAGACGCAGGGUUCUGUCGGUAUACAGAAUGCCAUGACCCAUGCAGGUCAGAAGUCAGAAGAAAAUGAAUGUGCAAAGGUAACAAUAAAAAAACAGAGGACGGAAAAUGAGAAACCUCCACUGACUGCCAGUCGACAUCUUCCCCUUCAGAGACAAGAAGCCACUCUGUUCUCCAAGCAGUGGGAGAGUUCUGUAUCCAGAGGGAAAUCCCAGAGCCAUGAGAGCACAGACUCAGGCUUCAGUGAGAGCGGGGACCACUACCCAAGCCCUGGCAGCCUUUUAACUGACCACAGUAUAGAUUCCCUUACCGAAUCCACUAAGGAGUAUCCUAAAGACACCACCAGCACAAACACAACUUCAGGACCAGGCCAGGCUGAACAGGAACACAAAUGCAUGGCCAGGGAGCAGAAAUCACUAGAGGAGCACAUAUCGAAGCUGAUUUCAGAGAACACAGCUGUUGUGGAGGACAAACAGCUAGAAAACGUUAGGCCACGAAAGACAGUUCUGUUCCAGCAGGGUAGCAUUGACCUCCCCAUGCCGUACACAUACAAGGACUCCUUUCACUUUGAUAUGAGGAUCAGUAAGGCUCCAAAUGUUGGGUUACAAAGACACAAGAAGCCCAACUUCUACACCUCCGUGCCCACUCAGCGAUCCAACACCGUGGAGCAUGCCCCACUCAUCCGCAGCCACUCCCUCCCUUUCAGUGUGGCCCUCCUGCAGCCGGACAGGAGCAGCCCAACAUCCUGCUGUCAGAAUGAUUAUGUAAGAAUUGUCCGGAGGGAAAGCUCUGGCCAGAUCACUCCGACAGGUUUUGUUCAGCCUGUGAACCAGCAUACAUCCCCCCACCGCCCACUGGUCCGGCAGACAGCCGUAGAUGGCAACCACGCAACAGACGCUCUUUUCACAAGUUCAUCUGUGGAGGAGGCCAGCACCGGCAGUCUCAGCUGCGACGGUGACGGUGGUGACAUUUGUGGAGAGCCAAGCAGCAGAAAGUUCCGGAGGAAAAAAGCACAGAAGUUUGCCUACAACAAGUGGUACAUGUAUGGGGAAGGCACAUUCAAAAAGCUUUACAAUGCUGAAAAGGGUGGUGAUGAUAGUGUUAACAAAGGCAGGAAAUGUUCCACAGACCCAGAGCAGGAGGUUGGGCGGGGCCUGCCAAAGAGUUUCUCAGUAGUUCAUAAGGAGACAGUAACAAUAACAGAUUCAACCAUAAACCUCACAAGCAGCAGCAGUGACACAGUGUGCCAUUCAGGCUAUCUUCCUGCAGAAACCCCUGUCUUUGCAAAGGUUUUGAAUAUAAAAACUAGCCAGCUUCAUACAUCAUGCAGCUCUCUCAGGACACCGCUUCGGAGAAACCUGCCAGUUUCUUCAAUUGGACCAUUGGUUAGCCACCAAGCAGACAGUGUGAGCACAGCAGAAGCAGGAACAAUUAUUGAUGCAGAAAAACAUUUUGGCUCCACAUUGCAGCUCUGUGGAGCCAAAACUAUCUCUGACAGGGAAAAAAAGAAGACUAAUGACAAAAUAAUUUGCCUUCUGGAGAUGGAAACCAAACCUAACACACCGACUCAAAAACAGUCUGUCAGUAGCAGUACACCUCAGCAGGAUAAAGAUCUCAGUUGUAUGAACCCUCCAAAAACUCAAAAACACACAGCGCUCAUUAUCAAUGCAAAUACAUUGUCUGUUAGCACUUCCCCAGCCGACCCCCCCCACUGCCAAGGCCAGCUUCCUGCCCAAAUACCAGCUAAAGUUACCUCAUGAUCUGAAUCUGGUGCAAUUCCUUCACUGCAUGGGGUGGAUAAAACAACAGGAAGUGAUGGAUGUACUUUCAACUCUGUUCUGUCACCCUGUCAGAGUAAGCAAAGCUUUGCCUCGUUCAAAACUUCUGGGAGGAAAAGUGUUCAUCCCGUCACACCAAAGCAAACUUGUGAUAUCAUGAAGACAAAUACUCUCAGCUCCACACAAGACCAGAUCCCCUUGACUUGCACAGCCACAACCCUUUGUCAGGCUGAAAGACUAAAUCCAAGUGAAACAGUUGGAGUAGCUGUAGUGCACAGGCAAUUCUCAUCAACCACAACAACCACAGCCGGCCGGCAGAGUUAUCAGGCAGGAUUACUCAGCACUUCAAUACAGUCAUCCAAAUCCUCAGGGGGCUCAGUGCCUGUACAGUUACCCAGACCUGUUGCACCUAUGGUUGCAAACUGUUCUUCUACUCCUUACUUAACCACAGCAAACUAUCAGUCAUCUCCUGCUGCCAUUACAGCUCUCUCACACAAUCAGGCUAACCUCCCCCCCCCUCUGUCACACACACAACUCUUGCCAGCAUCAGAGCAUUUCAGCUCUGUAAACUGUGCAUAUGGCAGCUCAAACCCCCUUGUGCUGCCUUCUCACAUUGUGCCGUUGGACCAGAUGCGGCCAGAUGAUCAGAAUGUGUUUCAUGUUCACACAGCAGACCUCCAGAUCUGCCUCCAGAUCAUAUCUGACGAGCAGCUGGCUCUCAUUGAACCCCACAUCGAGAGACAAUCAGUCAGUGCCCUCUCACAGAGAGGUGAAGCAACACUCCCGGAAGUGAUCCAGAAAAAACCUCUAAACUUUGAUUUGGAACAAAGUGAGUCUUUACCCACACUUAACAUGGAGAGAAUGAAACCUCCAGUGCCCGUUCUAUUUGUGAAGGCAGAGCUGACUGAACAGAAACACUUCACUCAGGCUACACCAUCAGCUGAAUCUACACAUCCUGAAGCACUUGGCCCGUCGCAUCGCCCACACAAAAGUUACACGGUCACUGCGACUCAGAGCUCCACUGGUCAUUUUACGUCAACUGCUGCUUCACUCAGCGAUGUCAAGUCAGGAAGGGGCCAAUCUUCUGAGGAGGAACACUCUCUUUCACUGAACUGUUGUGCUGAGGAGCACCGGAGGCUCGGCCGCGGUGGGCUGACCUCUCAAACAAGAUCUGAGAGACUGGGCCAAGCAAGACAAAACAUACUUAACAAUCAAGCAGGUAAUGUAGGCACUCUUAAAGCUGUGGAGGAUGCCUCUGCAUAUGAAAGCAGGAAGUUAGAUAGUGGAAGAAUCCAUCCCGGUCAGGCCUCCGCAACUGCAUGUGCUGAUCAACUUUCUAGGUCACUUUCUUCAUCUUCAAUCAAUAAAUGCGAACAUCCAAGACAGUUGAAGCCACAAGCAUCCAUCUCCUGCAGUUAUCCAGUGCAAACCACAUUAUCCCAGAACCUUUCACAGAAAAGUGAGCUGUCACAGGAUGUAGGCAGUUCAAUCCACUCGGAGAAACCCCUGGCUCAGAUUGUUCCAGUGUCUUCUAGUAUCCAGGUAGAAAGACCUGAAGACGUUCCAGAUGUCUUCAGAAGAAAUCAGAGCCCUGCUGCAGAGUUUUACAUUCCCUUAGGGCUGAUAGAGGAGGCGCAGACCAUGGGCCCAGGAGAGAGCACCCAGCAGGGCCGGGCCCGGCAGAGUGGAGGAACCAAGAGAGACCAGCCCAAGUCACACUGCACACAUACAAGUUCACCAGAUAUGACGAAGUCAGAGGCAGAAGACUUAGAGGUAAAGGGGAAUGCCUUUAAACAGUCUGAGCAGCGUUUUCCCCAGACACACUCAGGAAUGUCUGAGUACCCUCCACAGAUCAAGUCAGAAACUCUGCACUCUGCCGGCAGUGGGUCCAGCCUUUCCAACUGUCCACAGGCUCCAUUGGAAAUGAACAACUUCUAUUUUUCCGGCAGCACUCUUGACCAACAAACACAGAGCUUAUGUGAAUCUUAUCCAAAUCAACGUAUCAAAGCACAGGCCAUAUCAACAGAAAGACAACAUGCUUUGUCUCCAAUUCAACCCAGCCCUCAGCAAACAGGAACAUUUUCACAGCAGGACCAGAAGCAGAGCAGCGUCAGCGUCCAACAUGCUGAAUUAACCAAGUGUCAGAGUGAGCUAAAGCAAGUGUCCAGCUCCAAGGUGCUGCUGGGUCAUACUGCAUUGCUGCCAUCAGAGCCUGUUCCACACCUACAACCUGAGGAUGAUCAGGACACUGUGGUUAAAGCAGCGAAUGACCUCAGGGCACAGAGCAGUAUUUGUGGGGGGGGCGUUUUCGGAUGUGCCCAGCUUCAUGGCUACCAGCCGGCCGAGUGUGUGCCGGUGAGCGGAGCGAGGCCUGUGCAGAGCUGCCAGGAACACACAGAGGACACCAGCAGCAGUGACGAUGAAGGCAAGCUCAUCAUCGAGCUGUAACGUCCACAUAUGCUUUUUGGACUUUUACCUGCAGCACAUGUAUUCUCUUCAGAGCCAGCAGUAAGAUUAAAGGCUGAGUUAGGAUAGUGACCAACGCCAACACAACGCAACAAUCUCAAACUGUCAUUGACCAUUUGGCUAUACAUUGCUUAUCAAAACAUUAUAAAUGUGAAGGUCAGUAGGCAAGUGGGUAUUGUGAAUUGUUAUUAUAAGUAUACAGUAAAACUGCUCACUCAUAACUGUGAAA